GAUGGGUAGCUAGACAUUCCCAAUAACAAGGGGAAAUGCCUGAACGUAGGUAUCCACCACCGAUAACCGUGUUUACAUAAAGGAGAGUCAAGUACGUAUCUGUGUCAUAUCGAAACAACGUUUAACUACAUGUACCUCAACAUACAUGACGUCAAGAAGAAGAAGACCAUAUAUCGGCCAUCAUGAACAAAGCUCAGGCAGUGGGGUGGUACGGUGUCCUCAGUUUGCUCUUGCUAAAGGGAUACAAUGUACUUUCGAAAUCAACCAAUGACAUACCAACCACCACAAUCCAAUGGUCAACACGACUCGGGCCCGUCUUAGGUCUCAACGUCACGUCAGACAAUGGGAGCAGUUUCCAGUUCAAGGGAAUACCUUUUGCUAAACCACCGAUAGGAGAUCUUCGAUUCAGAAAACCAGAGGUGCCAAACGCAUGGAGUGGAAUUCUCAACUGUACAACAUACAUGGACGCAUGUAUGCAAAGUGGAACUCACGUGUCAGAAGAUUGUUUAUAUCUCAAUGUGUUUGUGCCCAACAGUCUAGACGCAUCAGCGAAACGUGCAGUGAUGGUGUGGAUUCACGGUGGGAGUUUUAUUUCCGGAAGUGGAUCCGGAACCGAUGGCUCAGCUCUCGCGCUGCAUGGCGAUGUGAUCGUUGUAACGAUCAACUACAGGCUGAACAUAUUUGGUUUCUUUACCACGGGCGAUAACUCUGCCACUGGCAAUUAUGGACUUUGGGACCAAAUGUUAGCUCUUCAAUGGGUAAAAAACAAUAUAGGAGAUUUCGGUGGCGACACUACAAGAAUUACAAUAAUCGGCGAAUCUGCAGGAGGGGCUAGUGUUGGCAUGCUGGCGAUUAUUCCCCAGAAUAGAGGUCUGUUUCAGAGAGUCAUCGCAGAGAGCGGAUCUUGUGUGGGGCCCCGUGAUUCUGGUGUAGAAUCAAUGAAAGUAUUCGCUCGAGUAGUGAAUGAACUAGGAUGUUCCUCAAACAGUUCUGUCUCAACCGUAACGUGUUUACGUCGACAAAGCGCCGGACAACUUGGUAUUGCAUUUUACACAGCAUUUAUUCAUGUGCAAAAUGCCAGCUUUACCAUACUAUCAGCACUGGGUCCGACAAUAGAUGGGGAGCUGUUCAUCAAAGACUUUGAGGCAAUAUUGACUGACCACAACAGUGAUGCUAUGAAAUUCUUCCGAGAUCUUGACCUUUUGACAGGGCUUAAUUCAGCGGAGUCGGGGUUAUUUUAUUUUGAUCUCCUUCGCCACCAGAAAGUGUUUCCUAAGUUCAACUUCACCGUAGCAAUACUGGCAAAUAUUCCGUAUAACAAUGUCAUACCUACUCUUGUUCGACAGCUAUACGACAACUGUGAUGCUAUUUUCACUUCAAUAGCCGACAAGUACGUAGAACCUGUCACCAGCGGUGACGCUGAAGAUCAAACUUCUAGCGUAUCCAACCUUUAUGCUGACGUCAACUAUAACAGCCCUGCCUUUCGAUCUCUAGACGCCCACAUUGGAGCCAGCACUAAGACGUACCAGUACUUGUUUUCACACGAGCCCCGAUGGGGACUGGUACGGCCCAGACCAUUGUGGCUGCACGGAGCAAACCAUGCAGACGAGCUCCCUUUUGUGUUUGGUCUAAACGAAUUUUACCCUAGUAAUAUUCUUAAGGACGAUGAUGAACUGGCAAUAUCAAGGAGAGUGAUGACCUACUGGACAAAUUUCGCCAAAUCUGGAAAUCCGAAUGGCAAUGACUCUGACCUUUUGGAAUGGCCUCAAUACACUCUGCCAAACAAGAGUUUCCUCAACAUAUCAGUGACGGAUUCCGUGGGGCACGCGCUGUGGGCCGACCGGAUGGAAUUCUGGAACAAAGACGUGCCCAGUCAACUGAGACGAUGUCGUGCGACAAGUGGCGUCAGUUCCUUGAUGACCAUCGACAUGCUCAUCUCCGUUAUUAUCUGCAGUUUCUUAAUACUGUAUAAAUUCAUAUGAAUGUGUAUAUUUGGUCACUGAACAAGGAGUUGUCCUUUUUGUCUAGCGUCAUGCGUCGUCCGUUUGUGCACAAUUCACAUUUUGGACUUGAAACCUUGCAUGACUAAAGGCAAACCUUUUACUCUCAUUCUGUAUUACAUUGUAAAUAUAUCCCAUCACCAUGUGGAUCUAGGGGCGGCUCCUAAAACAGUCAUAUUGGCUAAAUAUUUAACAGUUUUCUUCUUCAGAUCCAGAUAUGCUAGAAGAGAUAGAUAUGUCCUUGAGUGCUUUAUCUAAACUAUGCAUUUCAUUCUCUCGAGAUCACGCAGAAAGAGGGCGAUUUUACGACAGAACAGUCUUGGGUAUAUUUUCAAUGGCAAAUAAUUCAAACUUGGUUGUAAUUAUUAUCAUGAGAUGGCAUUAUGUCUUCUAAGGAUCGUCUCAUCAGUUUCUGUAGCAUAAACAUAUCACAAUAGAACCUGUUGGAAUUAAGUUUUCUAAAUAAGAAAAAAGUUGAAAAUUCAGACAAUUUUGAACAAAGGAAGUAUAUGUUGGUGUUAAAAUACAUGUUUAAGAGACAUAUCGAGUUUGUUCAAGAAUAUGGUUUAACAGAAGAGGAAGACGACAAGAGUGACUUAUUCAAUUUUCACGUAUCUAUGUAAAUUUCAACUGGCUACCAUGACAACGAUAACGAAAACACACAUACAUGUGGGUCAUUAAAGGCCCAACCGUAACAGUCCUUAGAACAAUAUUAAAUUUACUUAAGUUUAUAUAUGAUAAAUUUACAUGCAAUUAAUUUUCAAUACCCUUUUUGUUUGAUUUGAUUGUAGCAAUCUUUGAAUAUCCCUUUGGUAUGUUAUCUUUGUAACGCUAUUACGUUUUCUUUAAACCUGGGGCCUGUUCGAUUAUACGGACCAACCGGUUUGUCAAUUUUUUAAAUGAAAUAUUUCAGGGUUUAGUCUGAUGGAGAAUAUCAAUGUAGACCUUGAAAGUUAUUGUCAAGACUGGCAGGGAAAACCCCAUCAAAAUCCGUUCCUAAUUUAUAAAUAAGCGAUUCUGGUCCAACCAGUCCAACCCUUUGGAAGGUAAUAAACGAAAUCAGUCCAGGAAGUUCUGGUUACAUGAGUGAGUGAAAACAGGGAUUAAUUGCCUCCUGGACUUUGACAUUUUGACACUUGAAGAACUGAAUAAAUUUUGAAAGCUGACAUGCUUUGUACAGUAUUUGCAAAGUUAAAGGAAAACUGAUCUUUCCAUUAACAGGCGUUAAAUUUUCAAUGCACUUGUUUAACGCCUGCCCCCUGCUACAGAUAAAGUCAACCUUUCAUAGCUGCUUUGUUUAUUCGGUACGUAUCGUGUUUAGCAAUUUAUUGUAUCAUAUAACCUUAGGGUAAAAAUAAUAAACAAAGAAGAAAUAUCUAUCUACUAGCACCGAGCAGACAUUUAUUAACGUUUUUCUCUGUUAGGAAACGUCCCCAGAUCGACCCAUUCUAUCAGUGUCUACACUGUAUCGCAAUACAAAAGUAUUGUCUAACCUAUCGCUAUGCAAAUAUAUGGUCCAAACUGUAACGCAAUACAAAUGUAAGGUCUAAACUAUAUCGCAAUACAAAUGCAUGGUCUAAACUGUAUCGCAGUACAAAUGUAAGGUCUAAACUAUAUCGCAAUACAAAUGUAUGGAACAAACUGUAUCGCAAUACAAAUGUACGGUUAAGCUGUAAGGCAAUACAAAUGUAAAGUCUAAAUUAUAUCGCAAUUCAAAUGUAUGGUAAACACUGUAACAAUAUGGUCCGAACUCUAUUGCAAUGCAAAUGUAUGGUCCGAACUCUAGUGCAAUGCAAAGGUAUGGUCCGAACUCUAUUGCAAUACAAAUGUAGUGUCCGAACUCUAUUACAAUACAAAUGUAUGGUCCGAACUCUAUUGCAAUACAAAUGUACGGUCCGAACUCUAUUGCAAUACACAUAUACGGUCUAAACUGUGCUGCAAUACAAAUGUAUGGUCCGAACUCUAUUGCAAUGCAAAUGUAUGGUCCGAACUCUAUUGCAAUGCAAAUGUAUGGUCCGAACUCUAUUGCAAUGCAAAUGUAUGGUCCGAACUCUAUUGCAAUGCAAAUGUAUGGUCCGAACUCUAUUGCAAUGCAAAUGUAUGGUCCGAACUCUAUUGCAAUGCAAAUGUAUGGUCCGAACUCUAUUGCAAUGCAAAUGUAUGGUCCGAACUCUAUUGCAAUGCAAAUGUAUGGUCCGAACUCUAUUGCAAUGCAAAUGUAUGGUCCGAACUCUAUUGCAAUGCAAAUGUAUGGUCCGAACUCUAUUGCAAUGCAAAUGUAUGGUCCGAACUCUAUUGCAAUGCAAAUGUAUGGUCCGAACUCUAUUGCAAUGCAAAUGUAUGGUCCGAACUCUAUUGCAAUGCAAAUGUAUGGUCCGAACUCUAUUGCAAUGCAAAUGUAUGGUCCGAACUCUAUUGCAAUGCAAAUGUAUGGUCCGAACUGUAUUGCAAUGCAAAUGUAUGAUCCGAACUCUAUUGCAAUACAAAUGUACGGUCCGAACUCUAUUGCAAUACAAAUGUAUGGCCCGAACUCUAUUGCAAUACAAAUAUACGGUCUAAACUGUGCUGCAAUACAAAUGUAUGGUCCGAACUCUAUUGCAAUACAAAUAUACGGUCUAAACUGUGCUGCAAAAGAAAUGCACGGCAACUUAAAAAAUCGUAGGUGCCAUUGAAAAUCGUUAAAUGGUGCUCACAAAGUUCAAAUUCAUCAACUACCGAUAUCAACCUGACUACUUCGGACAUCGUUUGCCAGUCCAAAAUGGAAACAUUUGCGAUAUCAUUGAUACCCAGUUCUGUACGAACUUUCUACACUAAAUGAAGACAUGGUAUGAGAUUAAAAAUGUUCUAUAAUUUCGAAAUGCAACUUCAUGUAAAAAACACUCUUUUGCUAUCUGGCGUAUAGCCUAUGUCAUGGGUAGCCUGAAAAUUGUAACAAAAAUUUUGUAACCGACUUCCCGAACAUUUGUAAGCUGAAGCAGCUACAGGCGUCCUUCAUUGCUUAA